AGGUGGAUGACUUGGACUCUUUGACGGCCUCGUAACCAGCAUCAAAGGUACGCAUAUCGAACCCCCCCAAGCCUCUAGCUUAUCACACGGCGUUUUUGGCUUCUCUCCUGAACUUUGCGACAAUCCGCACUUUUCCCCUGAUUCCCGACUUGUCGCUGACCCAGCAAAUCCAACUCAGACCGACAAGAAAAAUGGCGGAUAUCCAGAUCGGUUCCAGCGCCUGGCGCCUCGUUGAGGUUGGCCGUGUCCUCAAGCUCGAGGGCGGCAGCCUCGCGACCAUCGUCGAGAUUGUCGACCACAAGCGCGUCCUUGUCGAUGGCCCCUCGUCCGACCCCAAGCUCGCUGCCCCCCGCGGCGUCGUUUCCCUCGCCAAGACCCUUCUCACCCCCCUCGUCGUCGAGAAGCUUCCCCGUGGUGCCCGCACUGGUGCCGUCAAGAAGGCCUGGGAGGCCGCUGGCAUCGAUGCCAAGUGGAAGGAGAGCAACUGGGCCAAGAAGCAGCUCCAGCAGGAGCGCCGCAAGGCCCUCACCGACUUCGACCGCUUCAAGGUUAUGCGCCUCAAGAAGCAGCGCCGCUUCGAGGAGCGCAAGGCUCUCGCCAAGAUCAAGGCCUCUGCUUAAUUGAUUUGGGAUGAUUAGAUUUGGGAGCGUUUGGUCGGCAUGGUUCUUGGGUGGAGGGUUUUUCGAAACGGUCUGCAUGAACAACUUCAGCAUCAGGGUUGCUGGGAUACCUCUCUGCGUCGCAUUCGGAAGACCUCUAUUGUCACAUCAUCAGGGUGGCUCGCGGCGUCAUAGGG